CCGGCCGGCGGCGCGUGUGUUGUGGUGCGGCGGCGGCAAGAUGGCGGCGCCCGGGGGCUCGGCGGGCGCCGCGGCGCUGAGGGCGCUGGUCCAGCAGUUCACCGCCAUCACCGGUGCCAGUGAAAGCGUGGGGAAGCACAUGCUUGAAGCAUGCAACAACAACCUGGAGAUGGCUGUCACCAUGUUCCUGGACGGAGGAGGGAUAGCAGAGGAGCCCAGCACCAGCUCGGCAGCGGUGUCUGCUGCCCGCCCGCACCCCGAGGAUGAAGUACGAGCUCCAAUUCCUCAAAAGCAGGAAAUCUUAGUGGAGCCUGAGCCCUUGUUUGGAGCUCCUAAAAGGCGCAGACCUGCUCGCUCAAUAUUCGAUGGCUUUCGGGAUUUUCAGACAGAAACCAUCCGGCAGGAGCAGGAGCUCCGGAACGGAGGGGCGGUGGACAAGAAGCUGACGACGCUGGCAGAUCUCUUCAGACCUCCCAUUGACCUGAUGCACAAAGGCAGCUUUGAAACGGCCAAGGAGUGUGGUCAGAUGCAGAACAAGUGGCUCAUGAUAAACAUUCAGAACGUGCAAGAUUUCGCCUGCCAGUGCCUCAACCGUGACGUGUGGAGCAACGAGGCUGUGAAGAACAUCAUCAGGGACCACUUCAUUUUUUGGCAGGUGUACCACGACAGCGAGGAAGGACAGCGGUACAUACAGUUUUAUAAAUUAGCAGACUUCCCUUAUGUCUCCAUCCUGGAUCCCAGGACAGGCCAGAAGCUCGUGGAGUGGCACCAGUUAGAUGUGACUUCUUUCCUGGACCAAGUGACCGGGUUCCUGAGCGAGCACGGCCAGCUGGACGGCCACUCCAGCAGCCCUCCCCAGAAAUGCUCCCGCUCAGAGAGUCUGAUCGAUGCCAGUGAGGACAGCCAGCUGGAAGCUGCCAUCAGAGCCUCGCUGCAGGAGACCCAUUUUGAUUCCUCACAGGCCAAGCAGGAGAGCCGGUCGGACGAGGAGUCGGAGUCGGAGCUUUUUUCUGGAAGCGAGGAGUUUAUUUCUGUUUGUGGGUCUGAGGAGGAGGAGGAGACAGAGAUUCCAGCCAAGCUGAGGAAGUCUCCACACAAGGACUUGGGGUAUAAAAAAGAGGAGAGUCGGAGGCCUCAGCCUGAGCCCUCUGCAAGGACUGAGCCUGGGACAGCGUCAAACCACAGAGUCCUGCCCUGCAUCGAUGCAGGGGCACUGGAGGAGUCACCUGACAAGCCUGAAAGUACCUUCCGGGGCCUGGAUGUGAAUGGACCAAAGGCACAGCUGAUGCUGAGGUAUCCAGAUGGAAAGAGGGAACAAGUUUCACUGCCUGAACAAGCUAAACUUCUGGCUCUUGUGAAACACGUGCAGUCCAAAGGAUACCCCAACGAGCGCUUUGAACUGCUCACCAACUUCCCUCGGAGGAAACUCUCCCACCUGGACUAUGAGAUCACGUUACAGGAGGCAGGCCUGUGUCCUCAAGAGACUGUCUUUGUGCAGGAAAGGAAUUAGCACUGUGGCCUGAGUUCUCCCAGCCUUGCUCCCUCUCCUCUUUGCCUGGGACAGGAGUCGUUAAAUAUGCAGUUAAGGGUCGUGGGAUUGCAGUGCUGGAAUCAGGCAGCUGGCUGGCCCUUCCUUCUCCCUCCUCCUCUCUCUCCCUCCCUUCUCCCUCUCUAGUGACCAAAUGAGAGUGCUCUGAGUUUUAUUUUCUUCCUCAGCUGCAGAGAGCAUUGGGAAGAACAUCUUUCCUCUGCUUUCCUGGAAUAAAGUAAAACGGUGAUCUGUGUAUCCAGCGUGCUGGAGCUUGGAGUGGCCAUAAUACACAAACCCUUCUCGCUGCUAUUCUUAAAUCUCUUUUGUUUAAUUUAUUUUUGAAAAGAGUGUGUGAUGAGGCAUGGAGGCAUCUCUCUGUGAGGAGAGGGCAUAACCUUCAGGGCAGUCUUUCCUUUGUUUGGAUUCCCUACACAAAAGGUCUCCGUUAACCUUCCAGCCUUCUCUUAUCCAGCACUCUAGUUUUGGAAAGGAGUUGGGUUGAGCCAUGCUAAAAUGCUCUGCUCCAUCUAAUUCAAAGGCUUCUAGAUUGCCUGCACGUUUUCCUCCUGCUUUUAAUUGCCAGUGGACCUAGUAAAAAAACCAGCCAACCCCCCAGAAAUCCAGCUGUGCUCCAUAUGGGACUGACUGCUUGGCCCAGAGGGAAAGCUGUGAGUCCAGUGCUGGAGCAGAGCCAGCUCCUUGGAGGGGGUGGGUGGGUUAUCCAUGUUCUCUUCCCAGCAUCCUCAAAGUGUCUCCUUACUUGCUCUCAGGAUUUUGCAAAUAACAAGGGUACUGUAAAGGUUUUGGAUUCUCUGAACACACCUGCCACAGAGACCUGACAGUCAGUUGGCUUUUUUCUUUUUUUCUUGGAGUGAGUGGCAUUACAGGGGUUUUACAGCACUGGCAGCAUUGAGCAUCACUUAAUGCUUCAUAAAACACUUCCCAGCCUGGUGGCUUGAACUCCCUGGGGUGAUUUUUGUUCUAUUUCUGUGUUCAUCUACUGUCACUUACCUCUAAAUUUGGAGGGCUGCAUGGAAGGCUGCUCCUUGAUGCAGGCCUUCCUUUCAGCUCUGGAAGCUGGCACCACAAGUCAGUGCCUGGUUUUCCUCCAGUGUCUUCUCUAGACAUGGAGCUCUUGGCCAGUUGGUGUUUCAGCAGAUGUUCCAGUGGGACAGGAGUUAACUGGCACAGCCCUCAGCACAGUGUGGUGGAUUUGUGUAUUUACAAACUCAGUUUAAUGUGGUCUUCAAUCACUGAGGAGGAAGGCACAUGGGACCUGGCAUAACUGCUGACUUUUUCUGCCUCUCUCAGAUGAUUGUCUUUGUUAAAGACUUCAGUAGUCAGAAAUUUACAUACUCCAGUUUUUCAAGAUAUUUUGCCUUUGAUUUCAUGCUAGCAUCUGUACUUUGAAACCUUUAAAUGCAAGAAAUCACAGAAAAUGUCUGGCAUUCCCCAUGAAAACUUCAGCUCACAGCUGUCUCCUGCUCCUAAUUGAGGUUUGACAUGUAAUCAUGCAAUUUGAGAAGUUGAUUUCCCUUUCUGCUGCAGGAUGUAGUGUCAGGAAAGCAGAGUCUCAUCUCAGUUUCCUGACCAGUGGUUGAUGUGACACCAGUUGUCAUCUUUGGUUUGUAAAGAUCCCCAGGUGUGGGGCUGCUCCCAGCGUGGGGAAGUGAGGGGGGAUCUCAUGUUUGGCCUGUGGAGCAGCAGUGGCACCUCUAGGACUGAAGGAUCCUUUAGUUCCUGGAUAUCCAGAUCCCUAACCCACAUUUCCAUGUAGACCUACAGCUCCUGAAGCAGCUCCAGCUGUCUGGUUGGAAUAACAAGUCCCAGGUGUGGUUUACUGGCACCUUCCCUCCCCUGCCCCUCCUGGGCCUGUGUGUGGGGCUGGGCUGAGCUCUGUGAUGAGACCAGGAAUUGCUCAAACAGGGGAAAGAAGAUAGGGAAGUUGAACAUUGACACUGAAAAUGGCAUUUUCUCGUGGUUUCUAAGAGUUUGUUCUGUUCCAGGAAACUGGCUUGGAUUUUUUGUAUCUGUCUCACAGUGUCGUUUUUUCUCUCACCUUUCUUUUGCUUUGCUUUGAGAGCAAGAAACAGAGAAAAAAAGUUUUUAAGGAAUACAUAACCCUGCAUGUGGCUCUUCUCUUUGUUCAUUCCUCUCUCUCUCUCCUUCCCAACCAAACAAGCCCAGUGCCACACAGCAGCUGUGCUGUGGGGGCUGAAAGCUGAUGAGAAGCUGCACCAACCACGGUACAACCUCUUCAGCUCUUCAUCCCUUUGGAGGAAUGUGUUUUGCUGGCCUGAGGAAUGUGGUUGAAAACACAAAUCAAGUCCUGCCUGGGACAGGACAGCUCGUGGCAGUGAAGGUGAUGGGUUGGGCAAUGUUUAAAGAGCCUUUGAAGAGUCACUUCUAGAUGUGAAAUCUGAACCUCUAAUUGCCUUUGCUGGAAAAAAUGUGUUAAAUUUGGUUGGGAAAUACGAUGUUGAGCUGUGAAGGACAGAGGAAACCAAUCCUUCAAAAGCUGUGGUUUGUGGCUUCCUGUGAGUGUCCCUGGGUCAGGAUUUGCUGCAAGGGCUGGUAGGCAGCAGAGGAGCAGCAGUGCAUGGAGGCAGUGCAGGUUCUUCUGAGUGGAGAGCUGUCAGGGAUGUUGUGUUGGAAGCUGGAGCUCCUUGCUGCUGGUGGAGAUGUUCCCUUUGCUGUGCUCUUCAUCUGACACAGCUCUGUUUUGGGAUCCCAUUUGGUCACGACCAGGAUCCUGGAACAGAAGGGGAAACAAGCUCUGCCUCUCCCUGCCAGGUGCAGCUGACACAUUCACUUCCCACUUCAGAGGAAUACAGAAGGAUUUUGGAUCUUUCUGAUGCUGCAUGGUCUUAUGUCAAGCUGACUGACUCACAGCAUUCCCCACUGACCUAGAAAGGGCAGGUGGAAGCUGGGCCAAACAUGUCUGGCCAUACUUGUGUUAUUUUCUUUAGGCUUUGAACCAAGGUCUGUGACUUUUAUGAUUUCUGACAUUCAUGGACUGCACUGCAUUGCUUUUCCUGCUAAAUCAGUUCGGUUAACACCACUGAUGUUAGAGGAAUGUCAGGAUCUGCAGGUGGCCUUGUAGAUACAGUUUUCUGUAAAAGGCAUCCAGAUGUAACAUUAUUCCUAAGUAGAUCUAAACAGGAAUUUUCCAUCAGCUCUUUCCAGAGCUCCCUGACCUCCUCCUCACUCUUAGGGGAAGUGACACCUCUCCUUUGUCCAGCUUGUGUUUCACAGGGUCCACAUCCUUCAGUGAGUGAUUUGUACACUCAGCUUGCCCUGGCACUGGUGCUGAAGUGUGUACCUUUGCAGAAAAACUGGGUUUGGUGCAGGUUUUAGUAACUCAGCCUCUCUGCUGAAGGAUCUCAAAUUCCUGUUCCUGCCAGAGCUUCACUGGCACUCGGGCAACAAGGGCUAAAUUAAAAUCAGUUUUCUUUUGGGGGCAGGGCAGCAUUUGGGCUGUUUGUCAGGUAGCAAACACUGCAGAGAUGCUUGAAACAUGGUGGUUUUUUGGUAAACCACAUAAAAACAAAAUAUGAACGUAGGGACCUGUGUAGGAAUGUCUGUGUGAACAGGAAGAUCUGUAUCAUUUCAGGGCCUCAUCACUUCAUUUUUAUUCCUUUUUAUUUUGUGCUAAAUGUCACUAUUUUAUUCUGGUUUAACCCCUGUUUAGUGAAGUUGAUAAAACAGGCAGUCUGGUCCUUCAGGCAGUCUGAUCUCCUCCAAGUCUGGUCCAAGAGGAGAAGGGGUGGCAGAGUUGUGCUUUAGGUGGGUGAAGGGCAAAGCUGCUGCCCUUAGGGAUCGGCUGUGCCUCAUCUGGCUGUUCCCACAGGCUCAAGUCCAGCCUCUGCUCUCCCUCACCCUGUCUAUUUAUUUAUUUUCACAAGUGAUUUUCUAUAAGUGGAACAGCUCCUGUUUCAAAGGCAGCACAAACUGAUGCUGAGCCCUGUGCUGGCUGCGUUGUUGGAAGCACCCACAGGCCUGUGUGCAUUUGGAGCUGGGGAGGUUAAUGGAUGCCCUUUCUGUGCUGACUUUUUUUCCUGUCUCCUCUUGUCCUUGGGAUGCUUGGUGUCUGUGCAGUCCCAGCAAACAGAGCCAUAUCUAUUUACACCCACAGGGCUUCAGUCAGAGACUGCUGCACCUGACAGCAGUGCCUCGACCUGCCUCGGGUCAUCCACUGUGUUCCAUGGGCACCUUGGAGGGGAGGACAGAAAUUGGGGAUUUGGUCGCUGACAGAUCACUGGGAGUGUCUGCAGUGAGGGAAAAGUCACUUUGUAACUGCUUGUGAAAUGGUGCCCAGAUUGGAGGUGUGGAACUGAAACUGUGUGGAGCAGGGGAUGAGGUGCUAUUUUUAUAGACCAGAUUUAUAUGAAGAACAUCUGGGUAAAACUCAACUCAGAGACACCAGACUCUAGGACAGAUGAUUUUUUUAAAAAUGAGGCUGUUUCCUGGAACUGGGGAACAUCCAGUUUCUAAGGGACAGCUUUUCACAAUGGUCAGUUUAUUCAAUAGUUGCAACUUCACAUGGGAGGAGGGAGAGGAUUAAUUUGGAAGUUUUCAGCUCACUGUGCUGGGAGGGACCAAACUCAAGGAAACCUCUGAUCUAUAUACACAACUGCUGCAUUUUUUAUAAAUAUAUGUAAAUGUCCUAUUGUAAUAUUUGAUCCUGGAAAUAAAACAAACUGUUUUCAGUA